AUCCACUGGGAAGUAGUUUUAAGCCCAGUGGUGGACGAUGCUCACCUUUCAGAUUUCACUGUGGAUACAGCAAGCAUGACAUCGACUCAGUCAUCAGCUUCAUCACCCCAUUUAGUUUCUCCUCUCUCUACAUCUAGAUUUGAGCAGUGGCCAAGCAUGUUUCCAGUGCCUUCAUUUUCAUAUGAUGUGGAGUUGAGGCUGAAAAAAGCUAAUGAGGAUCUUCAAGAAAAUGGAACAGCCCUGAUUGUUCCAAGAGACAUGAAAAUGAAUAUCUUGGACAAAUUGGCUGAAACUGUGUCUUACAAAGCCUACCCAAAAGACUCUUAAAUAGAGAAGGUUGCAUCUGCUUUGGUAGAAAAACACCCCAGUCUCAAAGACCCAGGAUCUGACAUGACAGGAUGUGAAGCAUGGAAAAUUAGCCUGAAGUUUAAAAUGGCUAAUUAUCGUCAGAAACUCUGCAAUGCAGGAUGCAGUGAGAUGGCUGUGAAUAUCCACUCUAGACAAGGUUCAUCUCGAGGAUCUCUCAAGAGACCCAGAAGAUCUGAACUCAACUUUCUUCCCGACCAUCCUGUUGGUUUGGAUGAAGAAUUGGAGAAGGAAAGGUAAUUUAUGCAGGAAGAAGUGAAAAAGAGAAAUUUGACCUUGACCGUUUUGAAUGCAAAGAUGGAGACAACAUUUUCCUUGAGGAUAAAGGAAAUUGUGCAGGAUCAGCCGCUGGUGUCAACAAUCAAGCAAAGAUUGCCAGGACUGUUUUUUGAGGAGGAGGUUUGUGCUGAAUUCUUCCGCAUCAACCAUAUUGACCUGAAGUCAACAUUCCUGACAUCGCUGGACAAUCACACCCAGGGGUUGCUGAAGAUGUACAGAGCCAAAGCAAGACAGGGAAGGUGGAACAACUUGGAUGAACUUCUGGAGAAACUGGAUGCCCAGACCACAGAUCUAACUACUUAUAGAAGGUCUGCUGUUCUUCGUGGUCUUCCCCUGUACUUGAUAGAGCCAGCUUCAAUUUCAAAGACUAUUAAGGAUACUGAGGCACUGGGGCCACACACAAAGGCCAUGAAAAUGAGGAUCCUGGAAGUGACUGACAGUUCUACCAACUCAGGACCAUUUCCCACAGUGGUCAAUGUGGCUGUAGUACUGGAGGAGGAAGUUGUCAUGGACAAUCUGGGAUACUUCACAAAUGCCCUCAUGAUGCUCUUUGGUCUGCUUUAUGCUGUAAAUAUGGAGUACCCUAAGGACUUAAGGUACACAUUCGAGGCAGUCCAGAAGAUUAUCUUAAACCUGGGAAAAGAGUACACAGCAAGGAUACAGUCCUUGAAAAACAAGUUAUUACAGGUGUAAUGAUCAUUACAUGUUAAUUGUCAG